ACCUUCAGAAAGCGAUAGAUGACAUGAGGCUACCCUACUGAUUUCCACUGUCCAAUAAUAUAAACCCUCCGGGAGAGAGCAGCCACAUGGUUUAAAAUGACAGCGUCAUGAACACCAGACCAUAAAUGCACCACAGCAUGAAUUUUUACAACUGUUCCGAUAGUAUAUAUAAUGCGCUAAAUUCUUUCAUGUUGUUAAACAAUCCUAUGUUUAUGCUGUUAAGUUCAGCCAAGGUUGCUUUCUGCAACUAACUUUUGCCCUUUCGCGGACCGGUUCCCAGUUUCGCCAUCUCCCACUGUGCUGGGAUGUGAACUCUUAAAAUAUAUCUAUGGAUUAUAUAAAGUAUUCUGGCUGUUACCGUCCGCUUUUACCUGCGAAUGACCAGCCAGUGUCCGAUAUCGGGUCCCCGUCCUGUAUUCCGAAGGCCAGUCCAGACAAUUUCGCCAAACAAUUAACUAUUAUUGAGCUCUCACUUUUCAAGGCUAUAAAGCGAGAGGAGUUCUCUAGCUUGAAAUGGAAUGGAAAGGAAAAACAUAUUCACGCACCGAAUAUCGUGGCUUCAACACGAUGGUUUAAUCAAAUAAAUUUUUGGGUCCAGAAAGAAAUUUUAAAGCUGUCUAGUGUAUCUAAGCGCACCGAGCUGCUGGCGUUUUUCAUCAGAAUCGCAAAGAAACUGGUGGAUCACAACAACUUGUAUUCGGCAAUGUCCAUUGUCUCCGCUCUACAAGUUGAAUGUAUCUACAGGCUUCGGGACACUUGGGGUGGAUUGAGCAACAAAGAUAGAACAGCAUAUCGGAAUUUAGAGGAGUUGUUUAGUCAAGAGAACAACUGCUAUCGCCAGCGUGAGCAUAUGAAAUCCGUUUCACUACCGGGAAUUCCGUACUUGGGUCUUUAUUUGUCAGAUUUGACCUACACAAACGUUGCGCAUCCUCGAGUUGGGGGAAAGCUGACCGACAUUUGGAUCUCGAAAAUAAAUACCCUCAUCGACACAAUUGUAUAUUUUCAAAAAUCCGAAUAUCCCUUCGUGGUCGAUGACACAAUCAACUCCUACCUGCGUGCUCAGAAGUACAUUGAGGAGCUGCAAAAAUUUAUCGAAGAGGAUAAUUAUCGCACUUCCCUACGGUUGGAGCCACCACCUGAAUCGUUUCCGGAGGCUCGUUUCCCUUUGUGCCAAUCGUUGAACGAAAAGGAUCGUAGUGCACGCAAGUGCAUGGGCGAAUUCUCUUCCGGGCGCAUUACAUGCUCCCUCUCAACCUACAGGCCUCCUCGGGACGCAUAUAAACCUAUCUUUGACACAUGCGCCUCCGCUAUGAAAAAUCCUAACUUUGAGCCAGAUUUCACUUACGCUCAUAGUGGCUGUUUAAACUCGGGAUACUCUGAAUUGCAGACAGCUGGUGAUCUCGCUAAGCCAUCAUCCGCUGUCGUCUCUUCCAUGGAGGAGCUCGGCACACGCUCCCUUCUCACAGAUGUCCCUUCCACUGCGGAUCUCGAUCAGGUUGAUUUGAAGCCAACUUCCCAUGGAAAGGACUCGAAGGAUCAUUUUCAUGACGAGCUCAACAGUGCUCAAUCUCCCAAAUACCAGUUCUACAAUACCAGCUUUACUCCAGACCGUUCUGAUAUUCGACAUUUACCCCCGCUUCCACCGAGACCUUCAUGUGGACAGAGUGUAAGGACCUCCACUCCACAAUCUGAUUUACCGUUGCGCUCCGAUUUCCUCGCCGACCAUGACAUUUCGGAAGCGAACUUACCAUCGGCGGUGUAUCCGUAUUUGGCCCAAUGUCGAGAUCCGUACAACAGAUGUCCGACACCGGGCGCCCCUAAGGUUUCCGACGCAUGUGACCCGGCUGAGAGAGCCACUCUAACACCUUCCUUCAGUCUACACUCCGACUCCGCUGUGAAUCACCAUGCUUCACCAGCAAUCUACUGCCCAGUGGCCCUGUCGGCUACCGCAGUUUGUGCCGCUGUUAUGACAAGAGAGUCGAAAUCAACGUUUACUGAUGGGACGCAGUCAGAAUGCACACUGGAUUCCAAACGUCGUGAAACCAGUCCUGGAUCCGUUUCGCAAACCGACGAACCGCAUUCAUCCGCUGGAGUCACAUCACCGACGACUCCAUCUCGUGAACUCGAUUCUGUGUUGGAAGAUCAGUUUGCGCCAUUUCAACCGUUCCAUCAUUAUCCCGGUACUCUCCUUGGUGUUCACGUUGUGCAUCAGGGCGUAGUCCAACGUCGUCUUAUGUCUCAGUCGCUUGGCAGCCUAGAUGCCCUGACCCAAUUGUUCGGUCCUAGGUUCCGGUUGAAUCCACCAACAGCGAAUGCUUCUUUCCCAUCUUUCACCUCACCCAGUCAUAGCAACGAUUUUAGCCACACAUGGUCUCAGGCCCGUCCCACCGGAUUUUCCGCUUGGCGCCGAUUUUGGGCCUCCUUGGUGGUCGUGGGUUCUGGAUCUGCCGCAUUUAUGAUCUACUUCGCAGCAAUGUCGAAGAACUCUCUUUCUCGAGAUGAAUUUGAAACUCAUCAUUGCGAGAUCCAACCUCUCAUGAAUAUGUUAACGUAUUCCACCGCGAAUUUUCCUGCUUGGCAUUCGGAAGAUGUUUCCCGAAGAAACAGCAUGGAACCCCUAUCAACACCAUCUCGGUUGUCCUUAAAAUCUACUGUCGAUCGCUCUUUAACGGAUUAUUCUCACUUAUUUCCAUCCGGUAUAUUUUCUCAAGUGGACGUUGGACGUCAUCGAGAUGGCUCCAUAGAUCCGACUUCCUUUCUGCUGUUGGACGCAUCUUGUCGAAGGGUUUACAGAUUUCGACCCAUCAGUGAUGGGCAACGAUCCUACUCCUCCAAGACCUCAACCGGUCCUUUGGGUUGGUUGCGCCGUGGGGGGCUCCGUGAUUCUAAAGUUACUCCGCGUACCUCUCAAUCAGUCACACCGGAUCUCACUCUAGCAACUCUCAAUUCGAGUGACAUCGUCUCAUCUCAUGGUUCUACCGCACGCUGCAUUCCCAGCACUCCUUCUUCCUUCACUCUUAGUGCUUGUCCAUCAAACUCCUCGACUACCACUUUGGAUGUUUGCAAGCAUGUGGACAAGAAUUCUGCAAGUGAAUGGAUGCAUUUGAUAUCCUUUGUACUUAAUCAACUCAGGCUCGUACACACCCGGGACCGUGUCAAUUAGACAGUUUGUGUGUGUAUGUGUGUGUGUGGCGUUGUUUUCGCCACUUCUGCACUCUGUCUUGGAUCUCGGCUUUGCAAUGAGCGCCUGUCUUUUUCGCAUCGAUAAUUUUGAACCAACGCUUUUUAAUCUAAAUCAAUUAAUUGCUUUGCUUUUAGGCCUCUGUCUCUUUUACCGUGGCCGAAUCGACUGCUGCUCUACGGUAAUAUUUUUAGAAGACGCUUCCUGUGUCUCUUUUACCCACCGCCUGUAGGCUUUCAUCUCUGAUGACCUCCUUGGGACUUAUUAUCCUACUUUGCAUUGUUUUGUUACUUCACCCCCACCCUCCACCUGCUUCCUUUUUUACGUGCCUUUUUCACCCGUCUCCACUGAUCCUUAUCCAUGUCCAACCGUGCACAUUUUUACGCCGAACGCCAUAGACGGAGAGAUCAUACAGUUCGCUUGCUUUACUAGCCAUGACUGUUCUUAUUGUUAUGCGAUUUUGUUUUUCUUCCCGCAUCCUUAAACUUGUUCUGACCAUCUCUUAAUCUGAGGUAUCGCAGUUGACAUCUAUACUGGUCUGUAUCUAUACGCAUAUACACAAGCCACUUUGUGAGAACAGCU